AUGUACCAGCCUACUGUUUUGUCUGCCGCACCUGCCUGUGGUGUCCAUGUUCCGAUCAGAAGUCAUGUACAAGCCCUGUGGUGACUUUUGUAUUUUUCGCGCCGUUCCAACGAAGCUACAGCGCUCCCAGUAUUUUCCUUCUCUUUUUUCGUUGACGAAAACAGUGCUUAUAUUGAAUUUAAUGGACGGCAAGCGCGUGGCUUUGCAUGACAUUGCUUCUACAGCAGAGCUCCGCCUGACGCCUGACGGGCGGGGCGAGGGCUGGCGUCUGUCACGUGAUGUGGCGCGCCGCGGUGAGUGUCAUUCCGGCAGUCGACCAGUGGCAUUAGGGGCUAAACAACAAAUCACACCCCGUAAACAAACCCGCGCCACUCCCUCUAACCUUUUCUUUCCCUCCCACUAUCAUCGAAUUUUGGGACACUCACUCAAGAACAAACCCUUGCCCCAGUAUGCCCCGGUCUCAAGGUCGCCAGGGAGGGCCAUCGCAACCUCGCCAAGCUAUAAAAGUCUUGGGCGCGAGGGUAGCGCCGUACCAUGGGAGACCAUGGGCCUGCUCGAGCGCCAGCUGCUGGGCGCCCCGCGGCUCGACCCUCCUCUUCCUCCCGCUCUGA